AUGUUUCGAGUUGUAUUGGGUACAGCUAUUAGUGGUGGUAUCAUUUAUUUUUGUGGUCUCAUUGGCAAUCUUUUGUCAUUUAUCAUAUUUACACAAAAAGAUGUGAGACGUGUGAGUACUGGACAAUUAUUUUUAUUUUUAACAAUAUUUAAUACAAUUCAUAUGUACACAUUACUUGUUGAAUAUUUUGAUAAUAUUUACAAUUUAAAAGCAUAUAAAAAUAAUAUAUUUUUUCGUUGUCGUUUUCAACCAUAUAUACAAAAUUUAUCUCGUAUAUUAUCGUCGUAUAUUGCAUUCACCAUUUGUAUUGAUCGUU